CUGAGAAGAUAACCUUUGAACCAAACGGCCCUAAGUUGAACAUUCUAUAAUCCCAAGUUAUCCACCACCAGUAACAGAUGAUCAAUAUUGGGCUUUUUUGUCAACUGGCAAGAACCAGCAUACUCCUUCAUCCUCGUAGAAUAACAUCAAGUUUUAGAACAAAACAUUGCUUCAGGACAUUUUCCAUCAAGAAUAUAAAAGAUUUCCCUAGCUGUUGCAGAGGAAUGGUGACAUUAAUAGUGGCCACCACCAUAGACCCGGCUUCCAUUGGCCCUGCCUCUGCCCUUUUAGCUAUGCCUGGCUGGCACCCUGGUCCUCCUAUCCAGGAUAUGCCAAGUUUUGUGAAUCAAGAUGUAAGGCUAUUGAAAACUGAUAGCAGCAUUGUGAGAGAGGACCACUUGGACGCACGUUGGAAAGAGACGACAGGCGAGACGGUUGAUGAGGUUAUCUUUCUUAGCAAGCACACUGCUGCAUCUAACCGUCCAGCACUCACAGUUCACCCCAUAGGUGUGCCUCACCUAACAGAAGGGGAGCAGCUGCCGGUAGGUGGGAAGCCUGCCUGGGCUGCACCGCCUAACCCGCGUAUAGGACCAUGGUUUAGACUGUUGAAAUCUGUUGCUGACUCACAUAAUCUAACUCCUGAAUUUGAGGUCACAUUGGAAGCUACACAUCAUGGACCUGUAACUAAUGCACCCACAAUGUUUGUCGAGAUCGGUAGCACAGACGAGUACUGGAAGAGGCAGGAUGCUGCACAAGCCAUUGCCUUAUUAGUUUGGGAAGGACUAGGGCUCGGGGGAGGAGCUGCGGUCGGCGAUUGGAGCAGAAGUUGUAGUCAGCAAAAGGUCCUCCUAGGAAUUGGUGGGGGACAUUAUGUACCACGGCAUAUGGAUAUAGUUCGGAAAGAUGGAGUUUGGGUCGGACACCUUCUUGCUGGAUAUUCAUUACUAAUGGAGGAUCCUGGUCCAUCUAAAGCGCAGGCCAACUUGGAGGUGGGUGGAACCUGGAAACAAGCAAUCAGAGUUGCUUUUGACACUACUAGAUCAGCUUUUCCUCAAGGAGAAGUACUAGCACAUCUUGAUAACAAGAGUUUCAAAGGUUGGCAAAGAAAUGCUAUAGCGGGAUUUCUAGCAGAGCAGAACAUAAAAGUUGGGAAGCCGAGUGACUUCUGCUGAUUCUUUUUGGCUGAUUAUUUACAUUUCUCCUUUAUUUUAAGUAAAUAUAUGAUUUAAACUUUAAACUAUUCAUUAACUAUCAAUUCAAAGUUUCUACGGUGAAAUGCUUGAGUAACAUAAAAGCUAGGUAGUUUUUCGUGUUUAGGUUAAUCACUGUAAUUUUCAAAGUUCUUAUUUAAGCUAAACGCCUUGAUUUCUCA